UCUUGUCUUUAUCUGUAACGGGGUAAAUACCUGACAGAUCGCAGUAUUUUGUAUAGAUUGGAGAUAACCCUCGCACUAAAAACGCCGGUCUUUUGUUUCGAUAGGCUGCACAAGCGGUCGCAAGCGUGGAUCUCACCACUGCUACUACGCCCAUCCGCUCUCAGAUGACCGAUCCCAUCCCAACAUCCAACCUCGAUAUCUUUCAGCCCAUCGGCGGCUACAACGGCGAAACCGCCUUUGCCUUUGUCCAGUCUACAGAUACGGCCAACAAAACAACUAUCAGAGCUUUUAACCUGAACUCAGGAAUUGCUGGAUCCUGGCAGAGUGAUAAUCCUGCAUAUGCUGUGAGUGUUCCCGAUAGCCUUGUCUUUGAUCCCUCCUCCGCUCCACCAUCCACCACACCAACGACAACAUCGCCCCCAUCAAAGACUCCUUCCAUCGGCCUUGUUGCUGGAAGUGCAUUAGGGGCACUAGCUGUUCUAGCAGCCGCGUUCUAUUUUGGUUACUAUCGUUGUGUAGUCCUUAAGCGGAAAGCAGGUCAGAUAACGAAGCAAGGCAAAAACGAGGCGAUCAACGGUUCUGGCGACAUUGUAGUUGAUGGCGGUGACGUUGGCAUUACUGCAGGAAUACUCGAAUCCUCCAACCACCUUACCGAUUCUGGUCUCCACGAACUGCAAAAGAUACCUUAUUACUCAUUUGACAGAGGUCCACAAAAGCCUGCAGCCUAUUCGAUGGAUUAUCCAUUUUCUAUACCCUUGCAUUCUCCUUCGACGCGUCAUUCCCGCAUCGUACCAUCAGCACCAUUGGAGCCGAUCUCCGACCCAGUAGAGCACCAGUUCCGUUUCUCGACACACCCGCGCCCAGUAUUUGUAAAAUCGAUCUCCGAGAAGGAACUGGCACAGGAUUCGAUACAAUCACGAUACGGCUCGAUCUCAAAGGCAUUUGCAUCGUGGAUCCCCAAUACCCCUGUUUCUUUCUCUCCCACUUCUUCGAACACGGUAUUGAGCAACAACCCUCACAGCUUACUAGCCAGCGACACCCUAAGUUUGCCCUCGGACAAUUUACAUACCUCUGCCGCUGCCUUUAAUUCAACCCCUGAUAAUACAAGCAGCCCACCACCGCCUUUGCAUGCGAUCCGGCCACAGAACAUACCAGUGGUAUGGGAAUCCGUCAUCCACAACCCACACACCGAACCCUUCUUGUAAAAAUAUGUAUAUCGCUACAAUAAAACCUACA